CAAAAGAUAAUUGAAAAGUACAAAAGAAAAAGUGGCCAAAUUUACAUGUCUUCCACCUCGUCGCUCCCCAGUCCCCCACUCAUUCUCUCUCUUUGCAGAUCCCAAUGCAUGUAUCAUGUAUGUUGCUGUUACAUGGCUCUCAAGUCUCAAGUAGUCAAGUGCCAUCAAAGAUCUUGAGCUGAUGAAACCCUCAAAAAUCCAUCAUUAACCAGUGAGCCCCAUAAAAUCAUUGCAAUCUUGCACUCAAACAGAGAGAGAGAAGCUAAUCAAUGGAUGGGGGGAGAAGAAAGGGUGUGGUGUCAGGCUCAGUUUGGGAGAGCAGGAUUAGACUUGAUGAGGUCAAAGGUGGGAUAAAAGCCCUUAUCAACACUUCCCAAACUGAAGAAUCUGAGAACCCACAAGAAAUUGAUGGCCAAAAUGCUGCCUUUUCUCCCCCUAGCAAUGAUGGUGUUCAUGAAGAAGAUGGGAAAUCCAGUGUGGGGCCAAAACCCAGCCCUGUUGGAGCAAGUGGGAAGAGGAAGACCUGGAAAGCUGAGAGCUUUGAGGGAACCCCAAUCCAGAUUGCCAGGAAAACAAGAUCUGAUCUCACCAAGAGUUUUGAUGAGGAGAAGUUCAAGGAAUUGGGUGUGAAAAAUCAAUCUCAGAGCAAGAAUUCAAGAUCCCAAGAGGGGAUUGAGAGAAGCUCAGCUGAGAAACUAAAGUCAAGAUCUGGGCUGCAGAAACAGAAAGUGAAGUCCUUGUUGAAUGACACUGGAACUGAGAAGAAUUCUGAAGUGAAGAGGGUUAAAUCUGAAAAUUCACUCUCUCUGCAUCCAGUAAACACAGAUUCAGCAUCAAGCAAGGAUUUUGAUGAGAAUGUGAAGAGUUGUGAGGGUGUAGAUGAACCAACGAAUGCAACAUUUGAUAAAAAUAAGGUUUUUCAAGGGGAGGAGGCAAAGUCUGAUGGAAAUAAGGUUGUUGAUGAGUCCAAAAAUAACCUUAAAGAGUGUUUUGCCAAUAAUGAGAAAAAACCAACUGAGGUUCAGAAAACAAAAUCUGAUGAGAAUUCUAAAGAACCAAAAGUGGCCAUUGAUCUGGUCAAAUCUACACCUAAAGUGGAAGGGGAUGAUUCUGAUAGAGAUCAAUGGGAAGAAGCUGAAGAGAAACCUGAGAUUAAGGUUGAGAAUAAGAAUGUUGUUAAGGAAAUCAGUGCAUCAUCAGAAAAAGAAAAGCCUAAAAACAUUGUGACAGUAGAGAAGAAGCUUCAUCAUAGCAAUAUAAGAGCUGUGCCCAUCUCACCAAUAGUGAAGAAACAGCCUUCCCAAAUCACAGGCCAUGCCAGAAUUCACCCCACUCCAUCAAGAACCAAACCAGUUCCAGCAUCAGAUGAAUCCCAUAAAACUCAUAGACCUCAUAGCAGACUGCAGAGCUAUGCUGAUUUAGUGAUGUGGAGAGAUAUAACAAAAUCAGCAUUUGUGUUUGGUGUUGGAACAUUUCUGAUUAUUUCAUCUUCAUAUGUUCAAGACUUUAGUGUGAGCAUGACUUCUUUGCUUUCAUACAUGGGUCUAGUAUAUCUUGCUAUAAUUUUCACAUUCAGAUCCUUUUUUCACAGGGGAACCAUACAAGUAGGCGAGACAAGUGAAUAUGUUGUUGGAGAAGAUGAAGCAGUUCGGGUAGUAAAAUUCGUACUCCCUUGCAUAAACGAGUUCCUCUUGAAUAUCAGAGCCUUAUUCUCUGGAGACCCUGCAACAACAAUGAAGAUGGCAGUGCUGCUCUUUAUUUUGGCACAAUGUGGCAGCUCCAUAACCGUAUGGAAAAUGGCUAAAUUGGGCUUUUUUGGUGUUUUCGUUGUUCCAAAAGUCUGCUCUUCCUACUCCUCUCAGUUAACUGCAUUUGGUACACUUUGGAUUCGGCGCUUAAAAAACUCCUGGGAAUCGUGCACUCAUAAGAAAGCCAUUGCAUUCGGCAUCUUCACGCUGGCAUGGAAUUUAUCUUCGGCCAUUGCUCGAAUUUGGGCAGUUUUCAUGUUGUAUGUGGCAUUCAGAUACUAUCAGCAAUCUUUGAUGAGAGAAUCUGUUGGGUCUAAGCCUGUAGAUUCCAGACAACCUGGGAGGAGAACAAACUUAACAGUGAACACAAACAAGCUGAAGAAACCUAUGUAAGAGUUACUUCAUAUGUGUUUACAAGUUGGGUUGGUCGGAGAGUAAGGGUUGACUUAUAGGUCGAGUUCGAGUUCAAGUUCAAGUUCUCGGAAUCUCAAGACCAUGUCCAACUAGAACUUUGUUGGUUGGCUGGUGAGUAAGUGUCGACUUAUAAGUCGAGUUCAAGUUCAAAUUCUCGGAAUCUCAAGAUCGAACAUGUCCAACUAUAACUUUGUUGGUUGUUCAAGAUUGGAAUCUCGAGACCAUGUCUGGUGGCUAUAAUUUUAUUAUGCUGAGAGGUUCUAAGUCUGGAAAUUUUACCUUUGAAAUGAAAAGAAAAUGUAGUAUAUGUAUUUUUUUGAAUUUCAACUUUAUAGAGGGAUUCAAGAGCUAAGAGACCUAAUAAGUGUUGGGCGUAGGUCGGGUUGGAUGAGUUCAGUCCUUGCUCGAUUUGAGAUGUGGGAUUGUGACUUACAAUGGAAAGAUGUUAAAUGAUUAAUGUCAACAAAUUGGUUUUAAGUAUAUAGGAUAUAAAAACCAGAUAGCCCAAUAAAGAUGUGAUUAACCCCUUGGGGAGUAUGCA